CGCAGUUUGUGUCUACAUUGGCCGGUGCAAGGGAUAGUGUGAUAACCAUCAGUCUGGUGAGUAGAGACAGCCCUUAACCUGAGCGAGUCAUGGCCCAAUUCGGGGGACAGAAGAAUCCACCGUGGGCGACUCAGUUUGCUACUACAGCAGUGUCCCAGCCAGGCCACUCAGGACAGUCUCUUGACCUCAACAGUCUGCACUCUCUUGGUGUGCAGCAGCCAUCUCUUCUGGGAGCAUCUCCCUCUGUUUACUCGCAGCAGUCAGCCUUGGCUGCAGCAUCGCUCAGCAACCAGUCUGCUGCUAACUACCAGCUGUCUCAGCAAACUGCCGCCUUGCAGCAGCAAGCUGCAGCAGCAGCUGCUGCUGCAUUACAGCAGUCUCAGAUCAAUACAGCCCUCCAGCAGUACCAGCAGCAGCAGCAGCAACAACAACAACAACAACAACAACAGCAGCAGCAACAACAGCAGCAGCAACCUCCCCAGCAACCCCCCCAGCAGCAACUGUACAAUGUACCUCAUCAGCUUCCACAGCCCCAGCAAGCUUUGCUUUCUCAGCCGCCAGUCGCUUUGCCCACUAGCCUGAGCAUGUCCAACCCCCAGCAGACAGCCCAGAUUACGGUGUCCUACCCAACCCCACGCUCAAGCCACCAACAGCAGACACAGCCACAGAAGCAGCGAGUCUUUACUGGUGUCGUCAACAAGCUACAUGACACAUUUGGCUUUGUAGAUGAAGAUGUCUUCUUUCAGCUAAGUGCUGUGAAGGGGAAGACUCCUCAGGUGGGUGACAGGGUCCUAGUGGAGGCUGUGUACAACCCCAACAUGCCCUUCAAGUGGAACGCCCAGCGCAUCCAGACCUUACCUCAGCUGGCAAACCAGUCGCAUCAGCAGCAGCCUCAGCCUUUACCUCAAGCUUCCCCACAGCUCGGCAGCCUUUACAAUGAGCCAGGGAUGCAGCUGCGCUACUCAGACAUGCACUCCACGGACAACAGACAAAAUAGCCAGCCGCAAGGUCCUAACAUGAUGAAGGCUGCCCCCAACAUGCUCCAGUCACUACCUCCCCCAACCACGUUCAGUGUUCAAGCCCAGGCUCCCCCUCCUUCCUUAUUGCAGGCCCAGCUGUCUGCUGCCUCUCUGGCCCCUCUGCUCCAGAACCCUCCUCAGCCUCUGCUGCCACAGCCUCCGCCCAAAGAUGUGUUUCCCGGGGGUCUGCUUCAGCCCCCAGUAAGAAUGAUGCAGCAGCCUCAACCUGUCAGGCGGAUCGAGCCUCCACCUCGUUUCCCCAGUCGCAAUGAUCGGGGACCAGAGCUCAUCCUUCGGAGUAAAGAGGAACGCAGAGACAGAGAGCGUGAGCGCAGGCGGUCGAGAGAACGCUCACCCACACGCAAACGUUCCAGGGACCGCUCUCCAAGACGUGACCGGUCACCUCGGCGGCCUCGUAGGGUGGUUCCUCGCUAUACCGUCCAGUUUUCCAAGUUCAGUUUAGAUGGUUCAAGCUGUGACAUGAUGGAGCUGAGGAGGCGGUAUCAGAGUCUCUACAUUCCCAGCGAUUUCUUUGAUGCUGUCUUCACCUGGGUUGAGGCUUUCCCUCUGACAAGGCCCUUCCUGUUGAGUAACACCUGUAACUUUCACAUCUUGCACAAAGAAGUGGAUCCACUUGUCAAGAACACAGCUGUGCUGGACCCACCUGAUGCCAACCACACCUACAGUGCUAAGGUGAUGCUGCUGGCUAACCCCAGCAUAGAGGAGCUUUAUCACAAGUCCUGUGCUCUGGCAGAGGACCCCCAGGAAGUCAGAGACUCCUUCCAACACCCUGCUAGACUCAUUAAGUUUUUGGUGGGAAUGAGAGGUAAAGAUGAGGCCAUGGCCAUUGGUGGUCACUGGUCUCCCUCUCUGGAUGGAGCUGACCCAGAGAAGGAUCCGUCAGUCCUUAUAAAGACAGCCAUACGCUGUUGCAAGGCACUCACAGGCAUAGACCUUAGUCUCUGCACUCAGUGGUAUCGUUUUGCAGAGAUUCGCUAUCAUCGGCCGGAGGAGACACACAAGGGGCGGACAGUCCCUGCUCAUGUGGAGACAGUGGUUUUGUUUCUUCCGGAUGUUUGGCAUUGUCUUCCUACCCGCUCAGAGUGGGAGGUGCUGUCACGGCGACUCCGGGAGCAGCUGGCUGAGAAGCUGUCGGCCGAGCGAAAGGAGGCGGAUGGAGAACAGGAGGAAGAGGAGAAGGAUGGUGACGAAUCGAAAGACCUUAGUACUCCCACUCACUGGGCUAAACUUGACCCGAAAUCAAUGAAGGUAAAUGACCUGCGAAAAGAGCUCGACUGUCGCUCUCUAAGCUCUAAAGGGUUAAAGUCGCAGUUGAUCGCCCGCCUCACCAAGCAGCUGAAGGUGGAGGAACAGGUGGAGGAGUCCAAGGAGCCUGAUAAACCAGAGAGCAAAGUUCAAGAGGAAGAGGAGCCAGCUCGCGUUGAAGAAGACAGAGAGGAGGAGGAAAGAAAGAGACAGGAGGAGGUUGAGCGCCAGCGUAGAGAAAGGCGCUACAUCCUCCCUGAUGAGCCCACCAUCAUUGUACAUCCCAACUGGGCUGCCAAGAAUGGCAAAUUUGACUGCAGUGUCAUGUCCCUGAGUGUGCUGCUGGACUACAGACUGGAAGACAACAAGGAACACUCUUUUGAGGUUUCCCUGUUUGCUGAGCUGUUUAAUGAGAUGCUACAGAGAGAUUUUGGCUACCGCAUAUUUAAAGCCCUUGCUGCUAUUCCUGCCAAGGAUGAAAAGAAGGAAAAGGAGAAGAAGGCCAAAAAAGAGGCAGAAAAGAAGGAGGCCGAAAAGCGUGAAAUAAAGAAGGAGAAAGAAGAGGAGAAUGAUGAGCCAGCAGUGAAGAAAUCCAAAGAGGAUGAGGAGGAGAAGAGAAAGGGCGACGACAAAGGUAUGAAAAAGGAGGAGUCUCGAGAUGAGGAGGAGAACGAAGAUGAUGGCAGUACCGCUAACGCUGAAGAGUAUGACCCCAUGGAGGCUGAAGAUGCUGAGGAUGAUGAUGAUGAUGACAAGGAUGAUGACGACUCCAAUGAUAGAGACCGGAAAGAUCGAAAGGAUGACCGCAAAUCGUCCAAAGAAAGAUCGUCUAAAGACAAGGAGAAGAAGCAGAUGGUCACAUACAACAAGGACCUGCUGAUGGCGUUCGUCUACUUUGACCAGAGCCACUGUGGCUAUUUGCUGGAGAGAGACCUGGAGGAGAUCUUGUACACACUGGGACUGCACCUCUCUCGUGCUCAGAUAAAGAAGCUGCUGAACAAGCCAGUGGUCAGAGAGUCUUGUCACUAUCGGAAACUGACAGACAGAGGAAAGGACGAGCCUAUUCCUUCCUUUAAUGAAUUACAGAUAGAAAACCUUAUAGGUAACCGAGCGCUACUUUCCACUCCUAAAUCUCGUGUUAAGCCAGAAGGCAGCGAGUCUGGAAAUCUGAUCGUGUAUAACGGAGCCAUGGUGGACAUUGGCAGCAUGAUGCAGAAACUGGAGAAGAGUGAGAAAGCAAGGGAGGAAAUUGAAAAGAAGCUCAUGGUGCAGGACGCUAAAAUGGAUGAAGACGCAAAAGUUAAAGCACAGUUGGAACAAACCAACAAAUCCUUGUCCAGGGAGCUGGAGGAUGUGAAAACCCAUCUGAGCCAAACCGAGAAGACUCUGAAGGCCGUGGAGGAGCAGAAGACGAUCUACCAUGACCAGAUUAACAAGACAUCCAAGACCCUGACGGACUCCGUCAAAGGGCUGCUGGCUGUGCUGAAAAAGAAUCAAGAUAACGAGUCUGGUGAUGAAGCCAUCAGCGAUAACGGUCGGACGUCUCAAGCAAACGGUGCUGAUGAAUGAGUGACACCUUUUAAAAUAAAUUAAGCUAAUCUGUAACACUGAUUAUCUUUAAGAAAAGUGUAAAUAUUCACUAAACAAGCAUAUAAUUUGACUGUUUUGUUUGGACCUCAAUUACAUGUAUACAUGUAUUCAUGAUUAGUUCCCUUGUGUUCAUUUCAACCUCAGUUUCUGUGUACAGACAGUUACUUUUCUUACCUAGACUAAUUUUAACUAUGACAUUUUCAUAGUAUUAAGAAAAUUCAGUUGAUUUGCUAACAUUGUUUUUAGCUGUUGCUUUAGCUUUGUUCUGCCACAUUGUAGAUUGAAAUGCCAGUAUGUGUGAGUUGUACUUUUCAGAGAUUUUUGUUUUUCUAAUGAGCAAUAAUGAUGCUAUUUAUGUGUGAGAGAAUUCAUAAAAACUAUAUUUAACAAGAAACUAAUUUUGGAUGGAUACGAUUGGAAAGGGGGCUCCCUGCGGUUCAGACACAAUUUCUUUGGAGAUCACCCCCUCUUCCCUUUUCCCCCCUUUCCCCCUUCUGCUGUUUAACCACAACUGUGUUUAAUAAACACUUCAAGUUUGUUGUUCCUCCCAUUUGCCUGAUUUAACUGGUUUCCGCUGGGUUUUUCAACACAUGGCUAUGCAUGGUUCCUGCCUCCCUCGGACCUUUUUGCUGUCGGCACCUUCUGGCUGUAUCCACAACCUGCUGCGCUGCCAAUUACUGUGUUUCAUGUUUUACUGUGACGAGCAUCUGAAAAGGAAACCACAUACGAACCAAAAGAUAAGCUCAGUGAAUGUGUGUUCUGCUGAAGGAGUCUCUGCUGCAAAGACAUUAACACUUUGAAAUCCAUCUCUGGACUGCGCGCGUUGGUCUGGGUUGUUUGAGAAAAGAGCCCGUUGCAUUCAAAUGUGCUCUAAAGCAGGCAAUUUUAUUUUUCUAUUGAAAAUGAAAUGUACUCUGGAUGUCUUGUGCAAGAGUAAAGUGGUUCAUUUUA